UAUAAAUACUGGUGUCGGUUAGUAUAGAUCGUUAAUCGAUAGAAUUAUUCCUUAAAACGGACGCUAUUAGUUUCAAAAUUGUGUAGUAAAAUGAUUAUCAAAUAUGCGUUAUUGGUUUUUACAAUAAAUAUUCUUCAAUUUGCUAUUGGUGAUGGCAUGGUAGAGGUUUUUGGCUGGAAGCAAAUUGACUAUUAUAAUCGUGGCGAGAUACGUCCGAACUUGCACGGUGGCAGUUAUGGUGGGAGGGAUAAACAGCGGCCGCUUCCUGGCACAAUUGUGUUUCCCGAUCAGAUACGCGAUCUUGCAAACUCGAGGAGGAGCAAACGUGAAGUCGCUGAAGGUAUAACUUCACGGGAUGAGCCGCAAGCAGUUGUUGAGCGCCGAAUUAACGAUGUUGAUCAGAAUGCUUCUUACAUUCCGUACAACAAUGUGCCCAUGGGUGUGACCCAUUAUAAGGGACGCUUGUUUGUGACUAUGCCGCGACGACGAACCGGAAUACCGUCCACUCUCAAUUACAUUGACUUGCAAAAGGAUGGCAAACAACAUAGCCCCAAAUUACAUGCGUAUCCCGAUUUCGAAACAAAUUAUCUAAAUCCAAAUUUCGAACCAAACUCAAAUCGCAUCAUUUCGGUAUAUCGCACAACGGUGGAUGCUUGCAAGCGUCUAUGGUUCAUCGACACCGGCAUGCUUGAGUAUCCCAACAAUCGUAUGCAGGUGCAACGACCUGCAAUUUGGGUGAUUGAUUUGGUGAACGAUCGUGUUUUACAUCGCUACGAAAUCCCUGCGAGUAUCGUGGAAACGGGACGCGGUCUCGCAAGCAUAGCGGUGGACGCAUAUGAGCGCCAGUGUAAUGAAGCCUUUGCUUAUAUACCCGAUUUGGUGAAUCGACUGUUGCUUGUUUUUAGCAUGAAAGAAAAUCGUAUGUGGAGUUUUAGCCACAAUUAUUUUAAUUUCGAUCCCCUCGCUGGCGAUUUGCACAUCGGUGGCCAAUCUUUUCGUUGGGAUGAUGGCAUCUUCUCCAUCACCCUGGGUCCAUUUGGCCCCGACGGCUAUCGGACGGCAUACUUUCAUCCUAUGGCCAGUAAUAUGGAAUUUGUGGUCGAUACCAGCGUGCUACAGAAUGAAGCAAAUGCAGCGCGUAGCGAUCAUGGUGACGAUUUUCGACCGUUGGGCAGCCGAGGUGUCAAACGCCAAUCCACAAUGCAUCAAUACGACACACGCACGGAUACCAUUUUCUUUGCGGAAAUACAACAUAACGGUGUCGGUUGCUGGAAUACAAAGAAACCAUUUUCACCACAAAACCUCGGCAUAGUUGCACAGGAUGCGCAACGCAUGAUAUACCCCAGUGAUUUAACGGUUGAUGAAGAUGGCAAUAUCUGGGUGAUGACCAAUUCCAUGCCGAUCUUUAUUUAUUCUACGCUGGAUGUAAGUGUGACGAAUUAUCGAGUGUGGAAGCAGAACGUGUAUGAGGCUGCAAGGAAUACUGUUUGUGCACCAUAGUGAAGUGAAUAUUCUUAGAUGUAAUAUUUAGUUUGGGGAAAAUUAAAUCCAUUAUUUUUGUUAUA